GCACCGCUUUCAAGAAACGGAAGUAAUUUGGGUUGUCUUCUCUCAGGCUCGGUGACUUCUUUUGCGUAUCUGUCUUUGCAUAUAAACUAAACCUGGGACUAUUUCGUAUUGUUCAUCGUACAGAUUUGCUAACUAAUAAUUUACGGUUCCGUCCUAUACUCCACGAUUUUCCAAAAAGUUCUCCAAGUGCAAUUCAGGAAGGAUUUGGAUUCACGCUUAAUCAUGGCAGAUGAUGAAUUUACCGACAUACAUGGUAAACCACUUUCGCUGGAAUACCGUUUUCAUUCCAGUUUCUGUAGAGAGUUCAUAGUAAGCGCGCCUAAAGUGUCCUUGCUUAAGGUCAUGGUGUACACUUGUACAGUUUGGUUAUUUGCCUACGCCGUGUUUUUCGUCACCGAGAACACGGCGGUACUGUCCGCUGCCAUCCUUGUGACGCUUGUUGGGAUGAUGCUGCACAUCCACUUCAUCAAGAUCGACCACGAGACGCUGCUGAUCAUCGGCUCUUUGGGCAUCCAGGUGUCGGCGUCCUAUGCAUCGGGCAGGGAGAGCACGACUUUCAUCGAAAUGAGCAGGAUCAAGGACAUUGUUAUUAAUGAGGCUAUUUAUAUGCAAAGAGUGAUUUACUACCUGUGCAUUCUGGUAAAAGAACCGGCAAACCCUGAUUCGGUGUCCAACGUGGUGCCGCUCUUCCAGAGUUCCAAGCCGAGAUUAAAUUGCUUGAUAAAGGUAUAUAGAAGUUGCCAAGAAAUUCUUGGACAGAGCUAAGUGCUAUACAAAGGACAUGAAGUGAGGAGCACUUUCAGACUCACAAUUGAAAGUGAGGUGCACUACUGACCAAAAAAAGGCAGAAUUCCUUAAGACUUAAGGCUUUUGUGAGCUUUCGUGGAAACGUUACACAGAUUGAGCCGCAUCAAAAAACUACACUAUGCUGUAAAAGUAAAAUCUAAUUUUAGCAUUACUGCUGUAAUGACUUUAACGGAAUUUUUUUUAGUCUUUAUGUUUAAAACAUUGGAAUUCCACGGUUUGAGUAUCACAUUUACUGUGAAUGUCACUGAUAUCAGCUUUUUGGAUUAUAGUCAGUGUUACUGUGUUAAUAUAGUCAGCUGAAAUAUUGAUUUAUAGCAGAUUACUUGAGAAUAAAGACCUGUAUAGCAAGACUGUGUUUAAAGUAAUAUAAACCUUAUUUUUUAAGAGUUCAGGUUCAGGUUACUUUAUUUGUACCCGUAGGUAGAAGUGAAGCUAAUUAUAAUCUUGACUAUUUUUGUACACCAUUUAUGAUGAUCAGUAUUUGUUUUUUGUAACAUCUGUACAUCCAAAGACUGUUAAAUUCAAUGUGGAUUCUCUGAGAUUUAUUAAAAUUGAAUUUUUAUUUAUGUA